UUCUUUACAAUUCCCAUCAAAUUUCAACUACCCUUCAUUCCCUUCCACCACCACUUACUCUCCUAUAUUCCUUUAUUCCCAAACACCACCACCCCAAUUUUCUUCACAUCAAACUCCUUAGACAUAGGAUGGCUCCAAUAUCAGCUGGUAGUAGUAGUAGAAGCUACCUUCUACAUGAGUGGUUCAAAGUUGUAACCACUUUGACCAUGAUGCUUUCCCUCAUCGUUGUUCUUCUUCCCAAAUCUGGUGAAUCAGUGACUAAUUUGGAGGAAAGCAGAGUGGUGAUAGGGUCAAAGCCUCCAGCUUGUGCAAACAAGUGCAUGAAGUGUAGGCCUUGCAUGCCUACUGUGGUUAUUCCUAAACGCCAAAGCAAAUUUAAAUCUUUCAAAGUGUCUACUACUCAGGGGGAGGAGGAUGAUAGCUAUUACCUCCUUUCAUGGAAAUGCAGAUGUGGGGAUAAGUUCUUUCAACCAUGAUCAUGAUUAUUUUUACUUCUAAUAGUACUAUUUCUAGUACUACUUCUAUUAUCAAUCAAUAUUUUCUUUCCCAUGCACAUAGAAAGAGAUGAACCCUACUUCGAUUGGAGCUUUCUAUUUGUCAAUCUCUUUCUGAGUAGUGGAUAGAGGUGAUUAAUUAAACUUGUCUUGAAGAUGAUCCAUUUGA